GGAUAGCCAAUGGCGCGUUUGGAAGGUAUACGAGACAGCAAGUAUAAAGGCAUCAGCCGGGUGGCGCUCGAUUAUGUCUUAGACACGGUUCGCACUUCCCCUGCAAAAGAGUUUGAGAUUAUCUUCUUUAUCACAAAGCCAAUUCUCGCCGGCGUCAGCCCGUUGCGACCUUAGACGCGCCAGCCUUAUACCUGCCAUUGUAUUCCAGACCCAUUCAAGGAUAGAUAUCGGAGCAUCCAGGACCGUCUAGAAUACAUAUCCUGUCAAGAUGGUGUCUGCUCCAACGAACCUACCAGCCGGGAAUUGCCCUACUCUUGGCCUGGUCCAUCCUACUGCGGAGGAGAAGUUGGCCCAAUUCAAGGCCAAUGGCGUGGAAUGGAGAGGUGCUCUCUCCCUAGAGACAUAUCUGCGCCGCGAAGAAGUUCUCGCGAACCAGAAUCAGACCAAAAACGGUGGCAUCACGUAUUGGGCUCUCGUUGACACAGCUGCUGAGAAGAGGGUUGUUCUGUGUGGCUGUGAGACGUACCGCAAGAAGGCUUUAGUCGCCCGCAAUGGCAAAGUGGAAGAGACGAUCUCUCAUGGCAUUGGGAGUGUCUUCUGCCCGCCAGCGAUGAGAGGGAAUCGCUAUGCGCAACGAAUGAUGCAAGAGGUUGGGAAAGCAUUGCGGACGUGGCAGACAGGAGAUAAGGAGUCUCUCUUCUCUGUACUAUACUCUGACAUUGGCAAGAGUUUCUAUUCUAGACUUGGUUGGGAACCGUUCAAUUCCGCUCAUAUAUCUGUGCCUGCGAGGACGGCGAAGGAAUUGCCAACCGACGGACUCCCAACAACUCGUCCUCUCUAUGAGAAAGACCUCGCAGAGCUCUGCCGGAUCGACGAGGCCAUUAUCCGCAAGACCUUGGAGUCUCGAUCAUCGAAUAGCAAAAUAGCAGUUGCUCUCGUCCCCGAUAUCAACACCAUCCAGUGGCACCACGCCCGAGAGGAUUUCGUGGGCAACGAGCUGCACGGCAAAUCGCCUGAGAUCAAAGGAGCCAUCGUAGGCACCGAAGAAGGCAAAAGGAUUUGGACGAUUUGGACGAGAAUGUGGUACAACAACGACCCCACCGCGAGCGAAAACAACACCCUCCACAUCCUCCGACUGGUGAUUGAAGAGCAGGGGGAGUUGAGCCUGGAGAGCCAGGGAGCUCAUAACCCUACCAAUGGUUCAAACAGCACCCCCAAGCAUGCAGCCGCUGUCGCAGCGCUCUUGCUUAUGGCGCAGGAGGAGGCGCGGAAGUGGAACAUGGCCGAGCUUGAGGCGUGGAACCCCAGUCCCGCCAUGGUAUUCGCAGCUCAGAUGCUGGAUCCCGAUGCUGAGGUGGUUAACAGAGACAAGGAGAGCAUCGCAAGCUUGAAAUGGAAUCUUCCGCACGAGCACCCGGUGGCGGACAGCAUUGACUGGAUCGGAAAUGAGAAGUAUGGCUGGUGUUGAUUUAUUCAUGGGCUAUUAGAGUUCCGACGAGUGUAGAAUCGGCAAAAUUCAUUCUUAAAUAUAAAUGAAAUGAAUCACAUGAAUCAUCAGU